UAGCCCCUGUCAAAGUGUAAAUGUUUAUUAUUUAACAACAUUUCAAAUUGUUGCCAUUGCCCGUGUCGAGUGCGGGUGCUCAUUUAAAGCCAUAGUGUAGCUGUUACCCACCCACACCGCCACAAUGGGUAUCUUGGAGAAAAUCUCGGAAAUUGAGAAAGAAAUAGCUCGGACGCAGAAAAACAAAGCCACUGAGUACCAUUUGGGUUUGCUCAAGGCCAAGCUCGCCAAAUACAGAGCUCAGCUUCUAGAACCCUCCAAGUCAGCGGGGGCCAAAGGAGAGGGCUUCGAUGUGAUGAAAUCUGGAGAUGCCCGUGUUGCUCUCAUUGGUUUCCCCUCUGUGGGUAAGUCCACCUUCCUCAGUUUGAUGACGUCAACAGCCAGUGAAGCUGCGUCCUACGAGUUCACCACCCUUACCUGCAUACCUGGUGUCAUAGAGUACAAAGGGGCCAACAUCCAGCUGCUAGAUUUGCCUGGAAUCAUUGAGGGUGCUGCCCAAGGUAAGGGUAGAGGUCGUCAGGUCAUUGCUGUUGCCAGGACAGCAGAUGUCGUCGUCAUGAUGUUGGACGCCACCAAAGGAGACGUGCAGAGAGAACUUUUAGAAAAAGAGUUGGAGUCAGUGGGCAUCAGAUUGAACAGGACGAAACCCAAUAUUUAUUUCAAGCCUAAGAAAGGUGGCGGCCUCUCCUACAACUCCACAGUCCCUCUCACCCACUGCUCAGAGAAGCUUGUUCAGCUCAUCCUUCACGAAUACAAAAUCUUUAACGCCGAGGUCCUCUUCAGGGAGGACAGCACUCCAGACGAGUUCAUCGAUGUCAUAGUUGGGAACAGAGUUUACAUGCCGUGCCUUUAUGUGUACAAUAAGGUGGAUCAAAUCUCCAUCGAGGAGGUGGACCGCCUGGCUCGCAGACCUCACAGUGUUGUCAUCAGCUGUGGCAUGAAGCUGAACCUGGAUUACCUUUUGGAGAGGUUGUGGGAGUACCUGGCUCUCAUUUGCAUUUAUACGAAGAAAAGAGGAGAGCGCCCAGACUUUAAUGAUGCCAUCAUUAUGAGAAGAGGAGCAAGUGUAGAACAUGUGUGCCAUCGAAUCCACAGAACCUUAGCCAGCCAGUUCAAAUACGCUCUGGUUUGGGGAACCAGCACCAAGUACAGUCCUCAGAGGGUUGGCCUGACACACAUCAUGGAGCACGAAGACGUCAUCCAGAUCGUUAAGAAGUAAAAACACAAGUCUCUGAUUCGACAGAGGAGAGAAAACAAGCAGGACGAGACACACUUUUGCUGCUGGAGGAGUUACAGUGGGGAAAAAGAUUAAACAAAAUCACUGUACAAUAGAUAUACAGCAAUGGGAAAAAGCCGCCAUUCUUAUUUUGUAUAUGAAAUUUAACAAAAACAACGCAUUGAAGAGACGGACCAGAUUUCAGUUGGUUGUAGACUGGAACUGAUGUAUUUACCUUUUAGACAAAGAAGAUGCAUUGAUACAGAGCGUCAAAGUGAGGUGAAAAGAAUAAAGUCCCAUAAAACCUUAAA